AUGUCCUGGCUUCAGGUUGCAGUCAGCCAAUCCAAUGAGGAUAUAUUUGAUGAAGAUGCAGAUGAGAUGUAUCUACUACAGAAGGAAUGGAACAGCACCAUGAAAAAGAGAUUGAAGGAAGGCUAUAGGGAUGGAAUUGAGGCUGGGAAAGAACUUGCACUCCAGAAAGGCUUUAAUCAAGGUUACAGACAUGGUGCCAAAUUGAUGAUUACAUGUGGCCAUUUCAAAGGAACCCUGAAUGCUCUCUUAUCCUGGUGUCAUUUUAAUAGACAUGAUUCUGCUUUAAGUACAAUAAACAAUCUUCUUGAUGUGAUUGGAAAGCAUGAAGAGGAUGUCCUUAAGUGUCUGAAUUCUGCUGAAGAACAGCCACAUCUUGGACACAUUUUAGACUCUGUUCAGGACAUGGACCUUAAUCACACAGCUGGGACAGAGUACAAGGAAGUUAAAGAUGGCAAACACAAAAAAUGUGGAAGCUGUGAUGACAACAUUUGUAGGAAAAAUGGUGAGGUUGGUUCCUGGCAGUCUGAGUGCUGCAAGGCAAACCUCUGCACAGAUCCUGAUAAGUCAACCCUCGCUUGGGUUAAAAAGCAGACUGUUUGGUUAGUAGAGCAACUGGGCUUAUCACCAGAUACACUGCACCAUAUCCAGCAACUGGAACAUUAGUUUUUCUGUCUUAUGGUACUUACAACUAUCUCAAUGGCUUUUGAUUCUCAGUUUGUGGGCCAUGUACAAGCUGAUGCAUUACUUUUGUUUUUGGAAAAUCUGUUUUUGAUGCUUUACAGUAGAAGUAAUUUUUGUAAAUUUUCACCAUGAUUUUGUCUCCUGGCAAAACCCUUCACUUUCAGUCUUAAAGGUCACAUGCAUAGGAAGGGGAAGUGACUUUAAAGCUCUACAAAGAAUUACAUAAUACCCAUGUUUUUGUUUUGUAUCAGGAGUUCUCAUUUCACCCUCAUUUUUUUCUUGGCAGCAGAUUGGAAAUAAAGUGGGUCCAUAGAAUUGGCCCCCUCUCAUACCUAAAGAAUAAAUGCUUAUUGCUAUGGAAAUGGUCAGUACUUUUGCAGAAUAAGCUGCUUUUGAUUAUAUGCUGUGUGCAAAAUAGAACAUGGUUUGCUACUGCUUCCCAGAGUGCUGACUCYUUAGUCACCUUUUGUCAAAUUCUUUGCCUUACCUUUUGUAACCAUGAUGCAAUGCACUUUCAUAGUUAAAAACUAUUUUUGCCUCUUUAUAUAGUUGUAUUUGUCACUUGCUGAAAACACAGUUUUCCUCAAAUGUAGAAGUUCUGACAAUUCCAUUGUUUUGCUCUUAGACCAUCUACUCUUACCAUGUCAGACCACACUAAACAUGCUUCCAGUCUAAUGAGCAUCCUUGUGUUAUUUUUGUAUUUAUUUUGACAGUCCCUCUAGCCUGAACUCUUUCCCACAUUCCAAUAAUGUCUUUUUCCAAGUCUUCAAGGAAGCCAAGCUUAUUCACUGUCUCUUAGAAACACAUCAGCCACACAUGUCUAUUUCUGAUUACUUCGUAUUUCUGUGCCAAUAUUCUGUAUUUGACUCUUUUUCCUGUUGCUUCCCUUCACUGUAGCUGUAAAUUGCUCUGUUCAGGAAGCUUUUUCUUUGUGAAUGCCUGUUUUAAACGGAUUUAUAGUAAGUUAGGAGUUCACUUGUUUGGACUUCCUUGUAAUUCCAUAUCAGAGACAGAGGAAGUCUAGACAGAGGCAAGCUAAGAUUUUGAACAGUCAACUAGAAUUAAAAAAAAAAAACUCACAAAAAACUCACAAAUUCAUACUCUGAGGUCAGAAGAAAAAUCUAAGGCCAAAGUUACUUGUUUUUUAGAACCUGAAUUUACAACAUUCUUACUAAAGACUCCAUUACCUGUCAGAGUUGGCAGACUAAGUUUGGUUUCCAUUCAGUACCACUUCUGCUUCAGGGGUAAGCAGAACUGCAAUUAAGAGUCUUGCAUUGAACCCAUUUGUGAAAUAGUGGACAAAGGGGUGUUUGCAUUCAUUGUGUAUAUACACAAAAUUAUUCAAGUAACGUUUUCUCAAUUUACAUAGCAUAAUGCUGACAUGGAUAAAUGUUACUUUUCUUCAGUUGCCUAUGUUGUGUUAUAGACUGUAUCAUGUAGGUUAGACAUAGAUGUCCUCCAUAUUCUGGUAGAAUAUGGUGCAGACAGUGUUGGAAAUCAUGUAACUUUGCUAACUAAUUUUUUAUUAGUUGUUUUAACUAAUUUUAAGCAGUGCCCACUUCUAGCGAACAGUAGUUAUGUUUCUUCACAGACUUACUUUGAUCAUUAAAUCACUGAAACCUUAAGUUUGUUGAAACUAAGCCUUACAGUCUU